AUGACAGCAACCAAAUACGUCUCCCUUCCUUCAACAGACUUCGACGCCGGUACGCACAAUUAUCCUCCCUCUCAAUACCUCGGCUCUAGCUCAUCUAAUUCGCGCUCUCAUGGGGAGCGGGAUGAUGAUAGCUUCGAUGAGAAUGAUGGUUAUGUGCUGUCGAAUAUGCGUGUGAAAGGUAGUGAGAGGGAAAGAAUUUUGAAGGGAAGAGGCGAUGAAGAUGACACAGUUGUUGAUAUUGAAAGGAAUGAACGUUUAAAUGCGAUUAAAGAAGCAAGGGAGUGGAAACCGAUUAAUCCAUGUCUGUUGAUUGCAACAAUAUUUGUAAUCGCGUGGGUUGGUGCGGCUAUUGCAUACGCGGUAUUCGGAGGAACAGGGCCACACGAGGAAGUGGCUACUAAUGGGGUCAGAUUUAAAGACGUUCUUAGGGGAAUGUAUAUACCUUCAUGGAGGACAUUAGAAUGGAGUCGCACUACUGGCGAAGAUGGAAUUUUCACAUAUAAAGACGGAGACAAUAAUAUAAUAUUAGAACAUGUCGCGAAUAGGACCAAGACUGUAUUCGUAUCUGGAAAAGACAUUGUCGACUCACUGGGACAGAGGAUUGAGUAUUUCUCAUUUUCAGUGUCACCCGAUUCACAGUAUAUACUACUUGGAACUAACAGGACAAAGAUGUGGAGACAUUCGAUUCGUGCAAAUUAUUGGGUAUAUGACAUGUCAUCAAAAAUUGCAAAACCGCUAACGAAACAAGUUGGUGAUAACAAACAUGCAUUAAUAGCCUAUGCAAAGUGGAGUCCGAGUGGACAUAGUGUGGCAUUUGUCAAGGAUAAUGACCUAUACGUAUCUGUAGAUUUGAAGGAAGAAAGGCGAAUUACAUUUGACAAUUCGGUUGAUAUUUUUAAUGGAAUACCAGAUUGGAUUUAUGAAGAGGAAGUGCUCUCAUCAAACAAAGCGAUUUGGUGGUCUCCAUCGGGAAAAUACUUGGCUUAUCUCCGUUUCGAUGAAAGCGCUGUUCCUGAAUAUCGCUUUCCUAUUUACCUAGACAAUCGCGAUGGAGCAUAUACAUCCGAAUAUGUUAUCAGAUAUCCCAAGCCUGGCUUUCCCAACCCAAUCGUAACACUUCAUAUAUACAACACAGAGACACCACUUGCUGCACAAUCAGACCCGGUAAUCAUCAAAGAGGAUUUCAAGGAUGAUGAUAGGAUUAUCACCGAAGUCGCAUGGAUAGGAGACGAAAAUGUCCUGAUGCGAGAGAUGAAUAGAGUACAGGACAACAUGAGAGUGAUAUUAGUAGAUGUCGAAACUAGGAAAGGUGUGAUUGUGAGGGAAGGAAAUUCCGAAGAACAAGAUGGAGGAUGGUUCAGAGUGGCCCAGACUAUAGUAGCCAUUCCAUCAAAGACAUCAAAAGAAAAGGAUAGCUAUAUUGAUGUUGUGGACAAUAAUGGUUAUCUUCACCUUGCUUUAUUUAGUCCUCUACAGUCUGAUAAACCCACAUUUCUGACAAGUGGAAACUGGGAAAUAGUCGACGGUGUCACUGCAAUUGACUAUGAAAGGAAGUUAAUCUACUUCAUAAGUACUGAAAAGUCGUCCAUGGAGAGACAUUUGUAUUCAAUAAAGUUCGAUGGUACCGACAAGAAAGCUCUGACACCCACAGACCAACCUGGAUAUUACUCUGCCGACUUCUCUCCUGGUUGUACAUAUUAUAGCUUACGAUAUGAAGGUCCAGACGUGCCAUGGCAAAAGAUAUUCAAAGUCGACGACAAAAACUUUGAAGUGGUAUUGGAAACUAAUGAUGGCAUAAGAGCAGCACUUGUCGGCUUGGACACGCCUAAAAAAACGUUUCUGACAAUCGAUAGUGAAGGACACCAACUCAACGCCUUCGAGAUUCGACCUCCAGGUAUGGAUACUUCAGGCCAGACCAAAUAUCCGGUCCUCUUCUAUGUAUACGGGGGUCCGGACUCCCAAUUGGUCAGCGCCAAAUUUUCUAUAAAUUGGCAUAUGUUCCUUGCCUCAUCCCCUCAGUUGAAGUGCAUUGUCGUUACCGUUGAUGGUCGAGGCACUGGUUUCAAGGGACGCGCCUUUAAAGUAGGAAUAAGAAAACAACUUGGGAAAUUAGAGACAAUAGAUCAAAUAAAUGCUGGAAAACAUUGGGCCCAGUUAAAUUACGUUGACAAGGAAAAGAUGGCCAUAUGGGGAUGGAGUUAUGGAGGAUACGUGACAAGCAAGGUCAUAGAAGCGGAUUCUGGAGUAUUUAAAUUGGGCAUGGCGGUAGCACCUGUUACUGAUUGGAGAUUCUAUGAUUCUAUAUAUACUGAGAGAUAUAUGAAAACGCCGGCUAUGAAUGAAGACGGCUAUAUUCAGUCUGCUGUUACUAAUAUGACUGGAUUCUUACAUGCAAAGUUCUUACUUAUUCAUGGAACGGGAGACGACAAUGUGCAUUUCCAGAAUACUGCUACCUUAAUUGACAAGUUAACACUUGCAUCGAUCCAUAAUUAUCGCGUACAAAUUUAUACAGAUAGCGAUCACUCCAUUAAUAAGCAUAAUGCCAAUAAAGAAUUAUAUUACUUAUUAACCGAAUACCUGCGGCGUAACUUUGGAUCUGAUGGGAGUACUAAUGGGAAUACUACACUGAAUGAAGAUGAAGAUUGGUACAAGAGACAAUAA